CCGGGAGUCCCCAGCUGAGGCUUGAGUCCUAAGCUUUCUUGAAGCCUAGACGCCCAGGGUCCAGGAGUCCGCGCAGGGGCCGGGGUGAGGGAUGGCGGUGCCCACAGCUCUAGGAUAGGGGGCUUCACGUCACUCUGGGUCCUCCCGGCCGGUCUUGCCAUAUUAGGGCUUCCUGCUUCCCUAAUAUGGCCAUGUACGUCACGACGGAGGCGGGCCCGUGGCGUUCCAGACCCUUCAAAUAGAAGCGGAUCUGGGGAGUCGCGAGAGAUCCCAGCGCGCAGAACUUGGGGAGCCGCCGCCGCCGCCUGCUGCCAUCGCCGCCAGCUUCCGCCGCCGCAGGACCGGCCCCUGCCCCUGCCCCAGCCUCGGUAGCAGCGCCGCGUCCACACCCGCUGGCUGCGAGGGCGAGCCUAGAGGCCCCACCUGCUCCCGCCACAGUGUGCCCUGCGUCCCGCAUGUGACCCGGCCAGGCCCCCGAGAGUGUGUCCCCCGCAGCCACGGCUCCGGGCUGCGCCCACCCGCCCCAACACCAGCUCUCCAGCCUGCCCGUCCGGGAUGGCCGCAGCCAAGGCCGAGAUGCAGCUGAUGUCUCCGCUGCAGAUCUCCGACCCGUUCGGCUCCUUUCCUCACUCGCCCACCAUGGACAACUACCCUAAGCUGGAGGAGAUGAUGCUGCUGAGCAACGGGGCUCCCCAGUUUCUCGGUGCUGCCGGGGCCUCAGAGGGCAGCGGCGGUAACAGCAGCAGCAGCAGCGGGGGCGGUGGAGGUGGAGGGGGCGGCAGCAGCGCCAGCAGCAACAGCGCCUUCAACCCUCAGGGGGAGGCCGGCGAGCAGCCCUACGAGCACCUGACCGCAGAGUCUUUUCCUGAUAUCUCUCUGAAUAACGAGAAGGUUCUGGUGGAGACAAGUUACCCCAGCCAAACCACCCGGCUGCCCCCCAUCACCUACACUGGCCGCUUCUCUCUGGAGCCUGCACCCAACAGUGGCAACACCUUGUGGCCUGAGCCCCUCUUCAGCCUGGUCAGCGGCCUCGUGAGCAUGACCAACCCACCGGCCACCUCAUCUUCAGCACCAUCUCCAGCAGCCUCCUCCUCCUCCUCUGCCUCUCAGAGCCCACCCCUGAGCUGUGCAGUACAGUCCAAUGACAGCAGCCCCAUUUACUCAGCAGCACCCACGUUCCCCACACCUAACACUGACAUCUUCCCUGAGCCACAAAGCCAGGCCUUUCCAGGCUCGGCAGGCACCGCGCUCCAGUACCCGCCUCCUGCCUACCCUGCUGCCAAGGGUAGCUUCCAGGUCCCCAUGAUCCCUGACUAUUUGUUUCCACAACAGCAGGGGGACCUGGGCCUGGGCACCCCAGACCAGAAGCCUUUCCAAGGCCUGGAAGGCCGUACCCAGCAGCCUUCACUCACUCCACUGUCUACCAUCAAGGCCUUUGCCACACAGUCGGGCUCCCAGGACUUGAAGGCCCUCAACACCACCUACCAGUCCCAGCUCAUCAAACCCAGCCGCAUGCGCAAGUACCCCAACCGGCCCAGCAAGACGCCCCCCCACGAACGCCCCUAUGCCUGCCCCGUGGAGUCCUGUGACCGCCGCUUCUCCCGCUCAGAUGAGCUCACCCGCCACAUUCGCAUCCAUACUGGCCAGAAGCCCUUCCAGUGUCGCAUCUGCAUGCGCAACUUCAGCCGCAGUGACCAUCUCACCACCCACAUCCGCACACACACAGGCGAGAAGCCCUUCGCCUGCGACAUCUGUGGGAGAAAGUUUGCCAGGAGUGAUGAACGCAAGAGGCAUACCAAGAUCCACUUGCGGCAGAAGGACAAAAAGGCAGACAAAGGUGUUGUGGCUUCUUCUGCCACCACCUCCCUCUCUUCCUACCCGUCCCAGGUGGCUACCUCCUACACAUCCCCAGUUACUACCUCUUAUCCGUCCCCAGCCACCACCUCAUAUCCAUCACCUGUGCCCACCUCCUACUCCUCUCCUGGUUCCUCAACCUACCCAUCCCCUGUGCACAGUGGCUUCCCCUCACCCUCAGUGGCUACCACAUACUCCUCCGUUCCCCCUGCUUUCCCAGCCCAAGUCAGCAGCUUCCCUUCCUCGGCUGUCACCAACUCCUUCAGCGCCUCAACAGGGCUUUCGGACAUGACAACAACCUUUUCUCCCAGGACAAUUGAAAUUUGCUAAAGGGAAAGGGGGAAAAAAGGAAAAGGGAGAAAAAGAAACACAAGAGACUUAGGACAGCAGGAGGAGAUGGCCACAGGAGGGGGUUCCUCUUAGGUGAGAUGGAGGUUCUCAGAGCCAAACCCUCCCCCUCUACUCUACCCUAGGGUCGGCGUGGAAGGUCUAUUGGCCUGCAAUCCUCUCUGCCCACUUGCCCUUCCUCCCCCGUCCCUACUCCCUUUGACUUCAGCUGCCUGAAACAGCCAUGUCCAAGUUCUUCACCUCUUUCCAAAGAACUUGAUUUGCAUGGAUUUUGGAUAUAUCAUUUCAGUAUCAUCUCCAUCGUAUGCCUGACCCCCUGGUCCCUUCAAUGCUAGAAAAUCAAGUUGGCAAAAUGCGGUUUGGGCCGUAAGAGCCCAGCCCUGCACCCUUGUACAGUGUCUGUGCCAUGGAUUUUGUUUUUCUUGGGGUACUCUUGAUGUGAAGAUAAUUUGCAUAUUCUAUUGUAUUAUUUGGAGUUAGGGCCUCGCUUUGG